AUGGCCAGCUCCUCCAACCCCCUCGGGUCCGGCACCCGCUACAGCAUGGGACGCACCGCACCCCCCCAACAAACGCAACCCCAAGCCACCUUCAGCAGCAACACACCAGCCUUCCCACCCAACCCCAAGAACGUGCAACGCCUCGAAGCCGAGCGCCUGGACCGCGAGCGCGCCGCGCGCGAGAAUGCCCAGCGCAUGGAAGCCGCGGGCGCAAACUCGCUCGCCGAGCUGACCGAAGAGCAAAGAGAGGAAAUUGGCGAAGCCUUCAAUCUCUUCGACCUGGACAAGGACGGAUACAUCGACUAUCACGAGCUCAAAGUCGCCAUGAAAGCCCUGGGCUUUGACCUCCCCAAGCAAGAGAUUCUGGCUAUCUUGCAACAACAUGGGACGCCCUCGCCGCAAGGCGGUGCGAAGCAGCAACGGCAGCAGAAUCAAUAUGCGGCGCCGGGACGGCAAUUGUUGAGUUUCCAGUCUUUUCAGACGCUCAUGGCGCAGAGGAUAUUGAGCAGAGAUCCGAGGGAUGAGAUAUUGAGGGCUUUUGAAUUGUUUGACGAAGGGAACAAGGGCACUAUUACCUUGCAGGAUCUGUCGCGUGUUGCGCUUGGUGGCUAUGAUUGA